UGCGCUCACUUCUUCUCUCCAGCAUGCUCCUCUCGCUCUGCCUGAGCGUUUCUGUUAUCUUCUUUUCCUCUUCGGGUUUUGCCAUGGAGAUGAACCAGACCUCCAAGUUGCUGGGGGAGAGCGGAGAGCAGUGUUCAGCCUGCGACUUCCGGGAGCACAGCAAGCAGAUGAGGCUCCACAGCAUCAAGUCGCAAAUCCUCAGCAUCCUGCGGCUGGAGCAGGCGCCCAACAUCAGCCGCGAUAUGAUCCGCCAGCUGAUCCCCAAAGCGCCUCCUCUGACACAGCUGCUGGACCAGUAUGAUCCGCGGGUGGAGGACGAAGACCACGCAACCACGGAGACCAUCAUCACAAUGGCAACAACGCACAAUCCAAUCGCCCAGGACGAAUUGUCCUGUUGUCUGUUCAGCCUCAGUCCAAAGAUUCAGCCCAAAAACAUCCUGAGCGCUCAGCUGUGGGUUCACCUGCGGCCUGCUGACGUGGUUACCACCGUCUUCCUGCAGGUCUCCCGCCUCAAACCUGGCAAGGAGGGAAACAGCACCCGCGUCCGGGUUCGCUCCCUGAAAAUUGACACUGACGCUGGUGCUGGCUCCUGGCAGAGCAUCGACAUCAAGUCUCUGCUGCAGGCUUGGCUGCGUCAACCAGAAACCAACUAUGGCAUAGAAAUCAACGCCUACGACUCCAAAGGAGAAGAUCUGGCCGUUACUUCAGCAGAGCCUGGAGAGGAAGGACUGCAACCCUUCAUCGAGGUCAAGAUCCUCGACAACCUCAAGAGAUCCCGUCGUGACUCGGGCCUCAACUGUGAUGAAGAGUCUGUGGAGACACGCUGCUGUAGAUACCCACUCACCGUUGACUUUGAGGAGUUUGGGUGGGACUGGAUUAUCGCGCCCAAACGCUACCGAGCAAACUACUGCUCAGGGGAGUGUGAGUUCCUGCACCUGCAGCAGUACCCACAUGCACACCUGGUGAACAAGGCUAACCCACGGGGUACAGCUGGGCCCUGCUGCACACCCACCAAGAUGUCACCCAUUAACAUGCUCUAUUUCAACCGCAAGGAGCAGAUCAUCUAUGGAAAGAUCCACUCCAUGGUGGUUGACCACUGUGGCUGCUCUUGAGGAUAUCACGCAUCUGUGAGGGUGAAACGUCUAACAGAAAUGAUGCAAAGAUUUCAAAUAUUGCACUUUUUUUUUUCAGUUUGAUUUGGUAGUUUAAGAAAAGCAGCCAAUAAACAGGUUCCAAAGAUGCUAAAAAACAUCCAAAACAAUGAAAUAAGUCAUUUCAGUUAUUCAGUUUUGGUCUUUGUGUUCUAAUCCAAACAAAAAUUGACCAAACAGGAUGCAAACACACAUCAAAAACAAACCAACAGCGAGCCCAGAAAUACUCAAAAGUCGCACAAAUUUAUUCAUAUAAUGAUUGCUUACUUUUUAUAUAUGUAACUGCUGUGCUAUAAACCUGUAAAAACAAUUUAACACAGCAUUUAAGCAUUUUAAGCAUUUAACACACUCAGUAGAUACAGAGUAAGAAGCUCAUUCAUUUUAUGUCCGAAUGUAAAAUGAAGCAAUGCAACCAAAUUUAAAAAAAAAAUGUAUUUCAACAGAAAGACAAUUUCAAAUGUGCAAAAAGAGCAUUUAGAGAAAAAUCUAAAUAUAUUAAAUGCUAAAUAUAUCUAAUAUCUCAUAUAUAUAUAAAACGCAUUUAGGCAGGAUUCAAAAGGUAAAAGUUAGUAAAAGUAUAGUAUUACAAGUAACUCUUUUAGCACAGUUUUUGGUCUCCUCUGGGAAAAUGUCUGUAUUUUUAGCUGCUAAAUGCUGCACUAUGUUCUCUAACUGUGUGUGUGUGUGUGUGUCUGCUGUUAGCUUUGUAGAGCUUUUUUUAAACUGCUCCAUGAGGAGUGCUAAUCAAAUAGUGAAUUUUAAACCAUAACAGUUUUUACACAACCUUUACAAAUAGUCAUUGACUAUAUUGUUAUACAAGACUUAUUGAAUAUAAGCUUUUGCUUUUAGUAUAAUCUUUAAGGCUUUUGAGAUAAUCACUGUUAAUAUAUUCACUUUUUCAGAAAAUAACAGAAGAUGCAAUCUUACACACAUAUAUCUUUUUUUAAUAUAUCUUUUUUUAUUGGUGUGUUUACCCACUUUCAGGCCUUUUCGCACAUUCAAGUGUGAGGCAAUGUUUGAACAUGAAUAUCUCAAAAUAUUAACAAUAAAAGCCUAAAAUAUUCGCUGGUAUUUCUUACCAUCAGAACAAUUCAGGUAAAUUGGGACAGAGUUAUUAAAAAACGUCUGAGUAUCGGCUGGCUAAAAUGAAAAAAAUGUCCCAUAUUUGAAUGCACGCUAUUAAAAAACUUUACAUUGCAAAAGAAAACUAGUGACACUUUUUGAAUGAUAUAUAGUUAUAUUUUACAAUAAUGAAAAGUAAAAUGUAAAAUAUUCUUUAACAUUAAAAUGUUAGUCACAAAAAUGGAAAAAAAAAUCUUGUUUUUAAAAAUUUGAAUACCAUCUGGAAGCUCCAGAAUUUUUGAUGUAUUCAAACUUUGAUCUGGACUAGCUGCUGAUAUUUUUUUGUUUUUAGGGUACAACGUGUCAUAUUUGCUGGAUUCAACAGGGAAUUUGAAUGAAAAAAAAAGUAAAUAUCUAAAAGUAAGUAAUUGCCAUAUAAAGAUGAAAUUUCACAGCAGUCACUUCAUAUGUCCAAACGUUGGGCCAUUAGUUUAUUAUGCAAUUUGAAGAUGAUCAAAAUUAGUCAUUUAUUAAUGAAUCUGUCCCAAAUUAAAGAUCCUGAUUCAUUUUCAUGGUAAAUGUGAAGCUGAAAUUUAACAGCAAUCACAAACUCAAAGUCAAACUUUGGACCAUAAAAGUUUUAUUUAAAAGAUGGUUGAGCAGAUGAAGGACCCCUGUGUAACUCCCUGAUGAAGGCAUCUUUGCUGAAAUUAGUUUUGUAGGUUAAAACUAAUUUCAUCAUGUUUAAUUGCUAUUUACAGAGUGCUUUGCAGAGCUUGGAUUUGUAAGUAGUUUAACUGUCUGAAGCCACAGAGUUUGGCUCUUCGAUUACUUACAUACUAACUGCAUUAAUUCAAACUUGGCCAUGUUUUAUAUGAACAUUCACCAUUGAAAUGGGAUAAAUAUAGCAGGAAAUAAGAAAAAGCAGAAUAGGCCACCUUUGAAGAAAAACAUGGCUUAUCCAGCUGUUGCUUUUCAGUUACAGUAUUGUGCACGAUCAGAAAUCUGUAUUAUUGUUAAUGUUACUUUCGUAUCUCCAGUGUUUGUUAAAUGUUCUGUAUGCAUAUAAAAAUGCAUUUUUAACUUAAUCAGCACUUUGUACUUUGGUGGACUCACUAUGGGGGUCUAAAUACAGUAAUAUCAGAUAAUCAUA